UGCCAUUUAAAUUUUCGUAUUUCAACUGCUUGUCGCAACGAAGCACACAACAACCGAUUGUUGAAAAUUCCGCAUUUUUCUUUGUUUUUCCAGAGUAUUGUUGUUUGUUUUAUUCCGUAUUUUUACUUAUUGUGAACAGUUAAUUGACGAAAAAUAUCGUGCCAAAAUGUCGAAAAGUCGUGAGGAUAAAGAAAAUAUGUACGCUGCACAAGUGGAACAACGAAUGAUGUCACAUGAAGCAUAUGGCAAACCUUAUGAAUGGUCAAAAGAUGACUUUGAACUUGGAUGCCCGUUGGGAAAAGGGAAAUUUGGUCGUGUCUACGUAGCCCGAGAACGAAAAACACAUUUUAUGGUUGCAAUGAAAAUUAUGUUCAAGUCCGAACUAACAAAUGGUCGCGUCGAGAAGCAAGUGCUGCGUGAAAUUGAAAUUCAGUCGCGUUUGAAGCAUCCAAACAUUUUGCGGCUGUACACGUGGUUUCACGAUGAUCGUAAAAUAUAUUUGGCCUUGGAAUUGGCUUCGGAGGGAGAGCUGUACAAACAUUUACAAAAUUCACCGAAUGGUCGUUUCAUGGAAGAUCGUUCAGCUCGGUACACGUACCAGGUGGCCGAUGCGCUGCAAUAUUGCCAUUUAAACAAUGUCAUUCAUCGAGAUUUGAAGCCAGAGAAUAUUUUGCUUACCGUCGGCGAUCAAAUCAAAUUGGCCGAUUUCGGAUGGUCAGCUCAUACACACUCAAACAAACGUAAAACUAUGUGCGGAACACUCGACUAUUUGCCACCUGAAAUGGUUGAAGGCCAUUCCUACAAUGACACAGUGGAUCAAUGGUGUUUGGGUAUUUUAUGCUAUGAAUUUUUGGUCGGACGGCCACCAUUUGAAUCGCCCGAUUCGGAGAAAACAUACGCGAAAAUUCGACGAUUAGAAAUUGACUAUCCUAGCCAUUUGUCAAUUGGUGCAAAGGAUCUUAUUGCUGGGUUAUUACAAAAGAGUCACAGUGCCCGGCCAAGUUUGCCCGAUGUCAUGAAGCAUCCAUGGAUCAAAUCGUACACUCGUUGAGAUACUAUGGCUCCAUAGACAGUUUAAUAAUCUAAAUGAAACCAUUUUAUUUAAGCUACAAAUUUGUUAGGCUUGCAUUUGACUCUCUUUAAACUUUCAUCAUUUUUUUCAAAUAUCAACAACAUUCAAAGCAUUAAAUUCGUAAGACUCACAACCUGUUCAAGUUGAUUGUUGUUAGGAUUUAAGUUGCAUGCAGUAUGUAAAUCACAAUGUUCCAAUAAAUAUAAAAUGUAAAUCAA